UCGGAGUUGGCAUGAGCCACAGGCUUCAUCUCCAUAAUUAUCCUCGUCUUAAUAUCAGAGUGAUGAAUGUGCAGCAUCUCCGCUGAUGGUUUUACAUGUAAGUGAUGAGUGAUGAACUAAUUGGCUCAGUGGACCAUUAGACCCGAAAGCGCCAGCAGGAGUUUAAAAAUAUUCCCACAUAACAAAGCCAGGCAGCGGCUGUUUGAAGUCACAUGUGCCCAGAAAAAACAAUUAAGAUGACAAGAGCCGUCCUCACAAGAGAGUCUCUUUAUUAUUACCGUGGAAGCCGCAUUAGGAUCGCAUCUGAGUUCCUGGAUUUCACCAGAGUUGGAGGACAAGAAGCAGAGGAAGGAGAGAGGGAGGAGAAGCUGAGGAGAGCUGCUGCUGCUGCUGCUGCUGCUGCUGCUGAGCUGCACAACACAGCCGCUGCUCAUGGACCAGCUUUGGCUUCAGUGAUGGACUGAGCUGCAGGUGAACAAAAAGGGAUCCAGCUUCACCCAAUCUCUCACACUUUUGACUGAAAGGCUUGCAUGGACACACAGCAGCGUAAAGGUGGGAAUUCUGGCCACCAAUGAUUGAAAUACGAGGCUUUCUUAAAGAGGACAACGCUGGCCUUUAUCUGGAAACUGUCUCUCAGGUCUGCACAAAACUGACUCUACCUUUGUCCCCAAGAGAGAAGAAGAAAGUUCCACUGGAAACUCAGCUUUAAAAAAAAAAGCUCCUGGAAACCCACAGGAUUCGGUUUGCAGCCACAGAUGUGACUAAGCUGUGUAGAUUUCAUCACCAGGAGGUCCCAUUUUGUUGGCUGCAUGGACACAUCUUCAAAGACGUGGCUGCCGCAUCAGAGUCAGUUUGGGUUGGUGGGUCAAGCGGAGGUCUGCUGUGGCGGACCUGGAGUUUUAACCCCAAACCAAUCUCGCAGGGCAAGUUUUGCCUCUGUAAGACAGUCAAGCAUGGAGACCCCUCCAAAUGCCACCCCGCAGCCCUUCAGACAGCCGAGUUUUCUCAAUCGAAGGUUAAAGGGUUCCAUCAAGAGGGCCAAAAGUCAGCCCAAACUGGACCGGACCAGCAGCUUCAGACAAAUGAUUUUGCCCCGAUUCCGUAGUGCCGACCAAGAGAGGACUCGCUUGAUGCAAAGCUUCAAAGAAUCCCACUCCCAUGAAUCCCUACUGUCCCCCAGCAGUGCCGCGGAAGCUUUGGACCUGGUUUUGGAUGAAGAUGCCAUAAUCAAACCUGUCCACUCUAGUAUUUUAGGACAAGAGUACUGCUUUGAGGUGACGACCAAUUCAGGGACAAAAUGUUUUGCCUGCCGCUCAGCUUCAGAAAGAGACAAGUGGAUUGAGAAUCUUCAACGAGCUGUUAAACCCAACAAGAACUCCUCAUUUCAUUUCCAGGACAACAGCAGAAGGGUGGACAAUGUACUCAAGUUGUGGAUCAUUGAAGCUCGAGACCUCCCGGCUAAGAAACGCUACUAUUGUGAGCUGUGUCUGGAUGAUAUGUUGUACGCACGCACCACCAGCAAACCCCGGACCGACACCGUCUUCUGGGGCGAGCAUUUUGAAUUUAACAAUUUACCAACCAUUCGUAGCCUUCGCUUGCACCUCUACAAGGAAACAGACAAAAAGAGACGCAAGGAAAAAAGCACAUACAUAGGCCUGGUCAGCAUCCCCAUCUCCAGCAUCACGGGUCGGCAGUUUGUGGAGCAGUGGUACCCAGUGAUACAGUCCAGUGUUUUGGCCAAAGGCGGUGGUGUUGGAAGCGCCAAAGUCAUCAAUGCCUCGCUGCGUAUUAAGUCUCGCUACCAGACAAUGAACAUCCUGCCAAUGGAGCUGUACAAGGAGUUUGCCGAGUACAUAACCAACAACUACCGAACACUGUGUGCUGUUCUGGAGCCGCUGUUGAGUGUGAAAAGCAAAGAGGAGGUGGCGUUUGCUUUGGUGCACAUCCUUCAAAGCACGGGGAAAACAAAGGAGUUCCUAUCUGACAUGGCGAUGUGCGAAGUGGAUCGAUUCAUGGAUCGUGAGCACUUGAUCUUCCGGGAGAACACGCUCGCGACUAAGGCCGUGGAAGAGUAUCUCAAACUGAUCGGUCACAGAUACCUCAAGGAUGCUAUAGGUGACUUCAUUCGAGCCUUAUACGAGUCUGAGGAGAACUGUGAGGUCGACCCAAUGCGCAUCCCGCCUUCAGUUCUAGCCGACCACCAAGCCAACCUUCGCAUGUGCUGCGAGCUCUUACUCUGCAAAAUCAUCAACUCACUCUGCAUAUUUCCCCGGGAGCUGAAGGAAGUUUUCGCCUCAUGGAGAGCCAGAUGUGCUGAGCGUGGAAGAGAGGAUCUGGCUGACAGCCUCAUCAGCUCCUCCCUGUUCCUCCGCUUCAUGUGCCCAGCCAUCAUGUCGCCCUCCCUGUUCAACCUGAUGCAGGAGUAUCCCGCUGAACGCACGUCCCGCACACUCACGCUCAUAGCCAAGGUGAUGCAGAACCUGGCCAGCUUCAGCAAAUUCGGACCCAAGGAGGAAUACAUGUAUUUCAUGAAUGAAUUCCUGGAAAUGGAGUGGGGAUCCAUGCAGCAGUUUCUUUAUGAGAUUUCCAACAUGGAGACGGGAGGGAAUGCUGGAGGGUUUGAGGGCUACAUCGACCUCGGCAGAGAGUUGUCCAUGCUCCACAGCUUACUGUGGGAAGUCAUGGGCCAGCUCAGCAAGGAUGCUAUUCUCAAACUGGGACCUUUACCACGGUUGCUGAAUGACAUCAGUGUCGCCCUGAGGAACCCGCAGCUUCACAUGCCCACAAAUCACCAGCCAGAGCGACCGAAGGACCGACUCUUCUCACGACCAUCUUUCAAUCGUCUCAUGUCCUCUGACUUCCAAAGCCUUAUGAUGCGAGACUUAAACAGUUCAAUCGACAUCUCUCGCCUGCCGUCACCUACGACUGGAGUAUCAGCGGUAGAAUCCCUCUCAUCGAACCUGAACAUGAGGCGCCACGCAGAACGAGACCUCCGCUCGUCAAGGGAAGUUUUCUACGUGACCCGUCCGCCACUAGCUCGAUCCAGUCCGGCGUACUGCACAAGCAGCUCGGACAUUACUGAACCUGACCCAAAGGUCCACAGUGUGAACAAAAGCGUCUCUAUGAUGGAUCUUCAGGACUCGCGUAUGAACAGCAUUUCCAAUCUGAACUCAGUGGGCGACAUGCUCACCUCCUCUCAAGCCUCCAUCGCCGGCCUCGGCCACAGCUUCGGGAACCUCGGCGGUCCUCAUCGUAUGGGAGGACAUAUGCCGACGGGCCCAGCGGGCUCAGGCUUGAGGCUGAGCCAGAUGGGCCACAUCGGGGGACCCACAGAAUCCAUCUCCCAACAGCAACAGCAGGCAGCAGCGGCCAUGCAUUUCCCUCUGUCUUUCCAGAACCCGCUAUUCCAUCUGGCUGCCCAGAACUCCCCAGCUCAGUCUCAGGCUCCCCCUCCUCCUCUCCUCCUCGCCCCGGAGCCUGAGAAUGGCCACCAUGAUUAUUCGCCGGCCUUUGGCAACAGCGCUUUCUCCCGCAGUGAGGACUUGUCCGCCCUGCGGUCACAGAACAGUCUGGUGCAGCCCAGCAUUGUCCACUCACACAGCUACAGCGACGAUUUCACCCGGCAGAAUCAGAGCAACGACUACGCCUGGCACCAGCUGUCACUGCAGGUGCAGGAGUCUCUGCAGCAGCAGCACAUGAUGGGAAUGGCAUCACAAACAGCCACAGGGACGGGCACCCCCGCCUCUUUGGCCACGCCUCCCACCACAGUUCAUCCUGUCCGCCACUCAUCCAUGGCCCCGCCACAGCACUUAAAGUCCCAGCGGUCCAUUAACACUCCAGCUACUGCCACCCCGCCGAGGGCUCGUCCACAGAGCAGGAACCUCCUCCUCAACUCUUCUGACACAAAUUUCAGUGGCAGUCAGCCAAAACCCCGCCAAACUCAGCAGCUGCCACAACAACAGCAGCAGCAGCAGCAGCAUCAACAGCAGCAGCAUCAUCAACAGCAGCAGCAUCAUCAACAGCAGCAGCAUCAACAACAUCAACAACAUCAACAACAACAGCAGCAACAACAACAACAACAACAACAACAACAACAACAACAGUCACAGCAGCAACAACAGGAGACACAGUUGUCGCUGACAGACAGUCCAGCUCCUGGUCUUCCGUACCAGACGAGCUCUGCCAAAGAGAACCAGGCCCCGUCGGCAGCUGUGGAGGAGUCGACGGACACUCCAACGAAAAGCUCCAAGAAGUCUCAGCAGUCACAGCUGCAGCCUCCACAGCAGCAUCUGCUCAAGCCAGUUGUCAGUAAGCAGGGUUCUCAGUCGACUUUGAACACCCCGGCCCUCAAUGAGCGGGCAGUCGCCUGGAUGUCCAACAUGCCACAUCUCUCUGCUGACAUCGAGAGCCUGCGGCCGGACCGUGAGGGUCAGCUGAAGGAGUACUCCAAGAGCAUGGAUGAGUCACGAUUAGAGAGGGUGAGGGAAUACGAAGAAGAGAUCCACUCGCUGAAGGAGCGUCUGAAGAUGUCUCACCGCAAGCUUGAAGAGUACGAGCACAGACUGCAGUCGCAGGAGCAGCAGACGAGCAAGAUCCUGCAGCAGUACCAGUGCCGCCUGGACGACAGCGAGCGCCGCCUCAAACAGCAGCAAGUAGAGAAGGACUCGCAAAUCAAAGGCAUCAUCAACAGACUCAUGGCUGUGGAAGAUGAGCUGAGAGGGGGUGCCAUUCCUGAUAUUAAGCCUCGAAUCCUCACAGACCAGGGCUAUGGGGGACACCCAGGAUCCUGACUGCGAUUUCCAAAGUGACCAGAGUUCGUGAUGGUCAUGUGACUCAGAUCCCCAACAACAACAACAACAACAACAACAAAAACAAACAAAACAAAAAUACCCCACAAAGACGAGGCUCUGCAGUGGAUCCAGCAGGACAACUGGAGGCUUCAUCUCACUACAUCCUUAAAAAAAACUUUUGCACAUAUUCAAACUUUGCCUGUACCAGAACACGACAAUCAGUUUAGCGUGCAGACCGAUGUGUGAGGUGAAUGUUCCGCACAAGGUUGACUGAAAUAUAAGCCAAUGCCUCAAUUACGGCAAUAUUGACCCCAGUUUUCUUUUCUUUCUUUUUUUCUUGAUUUGAUCAAAUGGGGUCCGAAUACACGUGUGAGCAUAAAUCUUUGAUUCUUUUUCCCUGCUACACGCAGGCAGCACACUCGCCUCUAACUGUAGUGGCUGCACACAGAAUGUAGACCAGGCUUUGACAAGCACAAUAUCUCCGUUCACGGUGUAACGACCGCACGUCUCUACGAACCCUCCGAUGCAAAGACCGACUGUAUAUGAUACGACGCGAUUCGAUUGAGAUAAACGCUGCAAACAUACACCCCCCCCCCCCCCCCCCGUCGCUGAGGUGCUCGUCGUGACUUUCAAACGUCUUUCGCAUUCUUUACACAACAGCCAUCCUACCUGAAUAGAUGCCAAAACGACUCCUACAAUCAACGUGUAACUGCUUUAAAUACAAUCUAAAUCCUCUAGUAGGCCACAGGGUCAAACCAGGUCCGCAAAAUUCUGGAAUUCUUUCACUUUGUAGACGAAAUGUUACCGAAAAAGCUACUAUUUUUUUAUAAAUAAUGAAAUCUGAGAUGAAAUUGUUCGCCUUUUAAUAACAAUAAUAAUAAUAAUAGUGAUGAUGACAAAUGCAAAAUGCUUCAUAAACAAUAUAAUCGAGGAGAAUAAUGUGAAAACGUUCAUAGUUUUUAUCUAUUUUAAGUGAUUGAAAGGCGUCAUUGGAAAUGUGAUGUGUAUUUGGAUAUCCAUCAAUCCACAGGGUUUUUACUAUUAAUUAUCUUGAUUCAUGGAUCAAUAGUCACAGAAAGUUGCUUUAAAACCAGUC